GCUGUGCGCCUCUGUGUCGGCUGCUCCCCCUCGUGUGGCCGCUCUCCUCGCCUCCUCGCCGGCUUUCCUUCCCUGCGGAACACCGCUGUGUCUUUUGACUUGCGUCCCUCCUCGGAGCAGCAUCGGGUCGUGCACGAUGAGUCCCGGGUCCCGGAGCCGGUUGUGGGUCUGGUCCUGUCUGCUGAGCCUGGGCGUCUUGACCCGGGCUCUGGAGCUGGACGAGCUGUUCCAGUUCGGACCUGCAGCCGGAGACCAGGAGCUGCCGCCGGGGUCGGACUCCACCGCCGAGGUGCCUCUCGACGGACCCCUGUUCUUCUUCGGCCAGAACUUCGACAGAGUCUACAUUAACACCAAUGGAUUUGUGAGUUCUUUCAACCCUCCGGCUGAGAGCGAGCACCUGGGGAAGAUGCCUGCCAACUUCACCAUGAUGGCCGCCCUGCUGGGAGACCUGGACAACAGCGACGGACAGGGGAACGUCUUCUACAGGCGGGACAGCAGCCCGGACGUACUGAGUCGAGCUCAUGAGCACAUCAAGCAGGCAUUCCCCAGAGACUACAACGUGGAGCCCAGCAGCGUCCUCGUCAUAACCUGGGUGAACAUGGCCGCCCGGGGGACACCUGGUCAAGGCGACGGACUGGACGCUAAGAGAAACACCUUCCAGCUGGUGUUGGCCUCCAUGAAGUCGUCUUCCUGUGCCAUCCUCUUGUAUCCCACAAGCGGCCUGCAGUUCCACUCCACGUCGGUGGGCGGUGAGAGUAAGCUCCUAGAGGCCGGCUUCAAUGAAGGCAUGGUGGCGCGCUGGUACGGGACGACACAUGGGAUAUACUUCCGAACUACCACUGAUGAAGAGGCCUCCAUCAGAGACCUUACUGAAAAGACAAACUCUGGACGAAAAGGAGUUUGGGUGUACGAGAUCGGUCCCUCGGGGUUCUUUGCCGCCAUCAUACCAGGAAUUGUCCCGAACUUUCCAGAGGAGGAGGAGGUUACCACCAAACCUCCUGUGACAAUGUUGCCAAGGAAACCUGAUGAGCAACAGGAGGUGGACUUCUCCAUGACAACCGAAACAGCACCAGAAGAGAAGGAGGCGUAUCCAACUGAGGCUCCCACUGAGUACCAAACUGGUGACCCAGAAGCUGAGACAGUCACACCAGGGUAUGUCACACCAGAGCCUGAAGAGCCAGAGUAUGAAGCACCAGGGCAGUUUGAGCCAGAAUACCCUGAUUCUGGGACUGUUACAUCAACAUACAGAGCCCCCGCAGGGGAUCCUCCAAGUUACCCAGAACAAACCGAGACCAGAUACCCCAUCUCUGACCCUUUGCAACCACGAUACACCAGCCCUGAACCCAGUGAACCUAGAUACUCCCCAGUCCAGCCAGGAUACCCGGUCCCUGGUCCGGCCCAACCACGAAACACUAUCCCUGGAUCCAGUCAACCUAGAUACUCCCCAGUCCAGCCAGGAUACGCAGAUCCUGAACCAGUCCAACCAGUACCACCCUAUUCCCAGCCCCAGCACCCCCAGAUCAUUGUGGUGGAUGAAGACGAAGAUCUGGAUGUGGAUGUAUUUGCGUACAAUUUGGAGACAUGUGCCCACAACAGGCACAAAUGCUCCGCCUUUGCAGACUGCCGGGAUUACAGCAACGGAUACUGCUGCCACUGCAGACCUGGUUUCUAUGGUGACGGGAAAAACUGUGUUGCAGAAGGCAAACCACAGAGGAUGAAUGGAAAGGUGAAUGGUCGAGUGUUCGUGGGAAACUCGCCUUCACCUGUGGAGUUCAGUAACAACGACUUGCACUCAUACGUGGUGGCCAAUGACGGACGGGCCUACGUGGCCAUCAGCAGCAUCCCUGACAGCGUGGGGCCCUCCCUGCAACCGUUGUCGUCCCUGGGAGGAGUCAUCGGCUGGGCCUUCGCUCUGGAGCAGCCCGGCUUCCAGAACGGCUUCAGUCUGAUUGGUGGCGUCUUUUCCCGGCAGGCCGAGGUGAUCUUCCAGCCUGGGAAUGAGCGACUGAGCAUCAAGCAGCAGUUUAAAGGCAUCGACGAACACGACCACCUGGUGGUGAGCACGGAGCUGGAGGGACGUCUGCCCGCCAUCUCGCCGGGAUCCUCAGUCCAGAUCAACCAGUACAAAGAAAUCUACCAGUACGACCAAAACCUGAUCACUUCCUCCUCCAACCGCGACUACACCAUCACCCCUCCUGACGGCGAUGUCCAGACCAGAAGCUACCAGUGGCGUCAGACAAUCACCUUCCAGAGCUGCCAGCACGACGAGGCCACCAGGGCGGCGCUGUCCACCCAGCAGCUCAGCGUGGACCAGAUCUUCGUGAUGUUCGACGCCGAUAACCAUCUGAUCCGCUACGCCAUGAGCAACAAGAUCGGCUCCGUCCACAGCAGUCUUCCAGAGCAGAAUCCGUGUUUCACCGGCCGACACGGUUGCGACAUCAACGCCGUGUGUCGUCCAGGCGACGGCCUCCAGUUCAGCUGCGAGUGUUCUGCAGGCUUCGCCGGAGACGGACGCUACUGCCACGACGUGGACGAGUGCAGAGAGAAUCUGUGGCUCUGUGGAUCCAACGCCGUCUGCAGCAACCAGCCCGGAAGCUUCCGCUGCGAGUGUGAGAGCGGCUUCACGUUCGCCAGCGACGGACGGACCUGCGUCGAGGAGAACCGUCCGGUCGAUCACUGUCAGACAGGAAGUCACGACUGCGACGUCCCGGAUCGAGCUCAGUGCAGCUACAGCGGCGGCUCGGCCUUCGUCUGCUCCUGCCUGCCGGGCUUCGUGGGCGACGGUCGCGUGUGUCGGGACGUAGACGAGUGUCAGCAGGACCGGUGCCACCGCGACGCCCUCUGCUCCAACGCGCCGGGCUCCUACACCUGCCGCUGCCACCCUGGUUUCCACGGCGACGGAUUCCAGUGCAGCCCCACAUCCACAGAGCGGGAGAAGACCGAGUGUGAGCGUCAAAGAGACGCCCAGGCUGCCGCCGCCGCUGCCGCCUCCUCCGGCUUCUUCUCCUUCUUCCGUCCCCGACCGGCCGUCGGUCAGUACGUCUUGCAGUGCGACCAACACGGAGCGUUCGAGCCGACGCAGUGCCACGCCGGCAUUGGUCAGUGCUGGUGCGUGGACGCCAACGGACAGGAGAUCCCCGACACCCGCACCGGCACCGGCAGCAUGCCGCUGUGUAUUAACCAGGCAGUGACUCCGCCUCCGGUGGGCCCGACGCCGCGGCCCGACGUUCACCCCAUUGCUCCGGGAACUCACCUGCUGUUUGCUCAGAGCGGGAAAAUCGAACAGGUUCCUCUGGACGGAUACAACAUGAGGAAGGAGGAGGCCAAACCUCUGCUGCACAUCCCGGACCGGGUGGUGAUCGCCCUGGCCUUCGACUGUGUGGAGCAGAUGGUUUACUGGACCGACAUCACCGGGCCGGCGAUCAGCAAGGCCAGCGUGAGCGGAGGAGACGUCAUUCCGGUCGUCACUAAAGAGCUGCAGAGUCCUGAAGGCAUCGCCAUCGACCACGUGUCGCGCCUCCUCUUCUGGACCGACUCCAUGCGAGACACCGUGGAGGUGUCCCAGCUGGACGGCAGCCAGCGCAAAGUCCUGUUCGACACUGACCUGGUCAACCCUCGACCCAUCGUCACCAACCCGGCAUACGGGCGGCUGUUCUGGGCAGACUGGGACAGAGACGGGCCUAAAAUCGAGAUGGCCAACAUGGACGGGACCGACCGAAGCGUCCUGGUGAAGGACGACCUGGGGCUUCCCAACGCUCUGACCUUUGACUCCGACAACCAGCAGCUGUGCUGGGCCGACGCAGGAACCAGGAAGGUGGAGUGUAUGGAUCCUCACCGGCGGCUGAGGAGGCAGAUCGUCGACGGGAUCCAUUACCCCUUCGCCCUGGUGUCGUUCGGAAAGAACCUCUACUACACCGACUGGAGGAGGGAGGCUGUGGUCGCUGUGGACCGCCACUCGGAGAAAGAGACGGAUGAGUUUCUGCCGCAGAAACGCUCGCGGCUGUACGGCAUCACCACGACGUCCACACAGUGUCCGCAAGUCUACAACUACUGCAACAACAACGCCGGCUGUUCUCACCUGUGUCUGCCGCGGCUCGGCGGCUUCACCUGCCGCUGCCCGGACGCCGCCGCCGGCCGAUGCGAGGAGAGGAACCCGUGAGAGGAGGGACGGAAACCCGUAACUGUAAAUGUUGUGUUUUCAUUACUUGAACUGAACAUUUCUACGAUCGUGUUAACGCCCUGGGAAACUGUAUUUAUGAUGUCACACCUCAGAUGAGUUCAGAUUCGGCUCCUGAGGUUUUUGUGAAACGUGUUUGUAGUUUGACUGAAUCGGAUUAAAAUGAAGAGAUGUUUUUUGGUUUCAAUUCAGCAGGAAAA